AUGUCUUCAACUCAACUUGUUCCUUCUGGGGUAGUCCCAGAGAAGCAAAAACUACUGGUAAUCACAUGGGAACAUCUGAAUCUGUAUAAGUUCUACCCACUUGCUCUAGCAUCUUCUUGGUCUAUAAGAUGUUUAUUAUAUCCUAUGUCUGUUGUUAAGAGCAGGUUGCAACUUCAACGUCAGAACAAUGUCUACAAAGGAAUGAGACAUGCUUUCGUGGAAAUUCUGAGAACUGAAGGAGUGAGUGCUUUGUAUCGCGGUUUCUGGAUGACACUUCCUCAACUAUCUGCUUCCUUCUUAUAUUCUUCAACUUAUGAAAGAACUCGAGAUCUACUUCAAACUCACCUCGGAAUCAGGAAUCCUUCAUUACUGUCAGCUCUUGCUGGAGGAAUAGCCUCACCAUGCGCUCAACUGGUUUUCGUUCCAACAGAUAUUGUAGCUCAACAUAUGAUGGUUCAUAAUAAUCCUGAAGCAUUCGGAGGUAGCAAGAAGAAUGUUCCAGUUGCAGAAGAAGUCCGGAAGGACGGAUUAGCUGGAAAAAGAACUUUGGGACUACGCGUUGUGAGAGCCAUUUAUAUUGUCGAUGGUGUUUCAGGAUUUUAUCGUGGUUUUUUCUCUUCAAUCAUGCUGUACAUUCCUUCUACUAUGGUUUUUUGGUCUACUUAUUACCAUGCUCUAAGCAUCUUCCGGAAAGUCCGGGAAAGGGUAACAGAAUAUGAGACCGGGGUGCGACCCAAAAAUGCAUCUGAAGUAGACGAUCGAAAUUUGUUCCUCGAUCAAGCUGUAUCAGGUUCAAUGGCCGGUAUUGCUUCUGCAAUAGCUACUAAUCCUCUGGAGAUGCUACGUAUUAGAUUACAGGUGCAUAGAACAACAUAUGCCGAAACCAUCUCCAGAUUGUGGAAAUACGAGGGUCAUCGGAUUUUCACGAAGGGUCUUGCACCAAGAAUUGUAAAUAACAGUUUAUACUCAUGUCUUGUGAUGUUAUCAUACGAAACAGUUAAGAAGUUAUGUGUUCUUCCAGAGUAUCAGGAUAAGAUUGUUUGGUAA